CAAGGUGGUGGUUGCUUUGAGAGAUCAGUGUCUUGCUUUCCAUUGUCCUGUGCGAAUAUUCAUACUCUGCUCUGCAAGCAGUGGGGUUAAAUAAUCGUCACACAGCAAAAGACCAAAAAGUCGUCUGAAUUUUUAAGACUUUGAGCUCAUUUACAUUAAUUGUGACAUUGCACUAUCACAGUUUCCUACUCUUCACUCCAUUCAUUUCAUCGCGUCAACACAUAAAUAAUCGUUUCAUUAUUAUCGCUUGGACAAGUUCUGCUCUAUUUCCUAUAAAUUCAUGCUCCAGAAAUGCACGUUGUUAUUUAUAUUCUCAUUUUACCACCCAAGCAAGUAGUUACAUGCAUGUAAGUAAAACCACUCCAUUCCGAAGAAGCACAUUAGAUAACGGUGCAUGUUGUGACUUUGAACGACCAAUAUGUAUAAAUAUGUAUCUGCAAUUCAGUGAGGGCAGAUUUAUUCAUUCGCCACAAUUAAAGAUAUGCAAGCCAAUAAGUCAGCGUGUAACAGGGUUGGUGGAUUGCAUAAGGAAUUCAGGCAUGUGAGGCAAUAGGCAGGCGAAAGUGUAAUUGGAAUCGAUAAGCAGUGAUUGAGCAAAACAAACUACAUGCUCAAGAGAGCUAUGAGAGACAAUCACGGCACGCUUGUCGUUUCCUUAUCAUCAUCACCCACCGACCUACGGACCACCCGACUACAUUACCCUCGCACUCAUCUUUCCAACUACUACCAAGCAUUGUGCAAGUGACAAACAAGAGACAAACAAAUUAUUAUUGUGUGUUUUUUUUGGACAAACCACUCCAACAUCUCCUCUUGAGACCUUAUCGUCGUCGUGUCGUCACUAUCCUCGCAUUCAUAAGCGGAAUAUUGUCCACAACCUCGAACGGGUGAUCAGUGACCAUUUCACGUCGUCCUUAUGCACCAAAAGUUGUCGUCAGUACCAUUCCUCCUCGGAUCCUCUAAUCCAUGCGCUUACUUUCUACUCUUUUUCAUACUACACUGCGAUCUUCUCAUGUGGACAAGUUGAGUCGAGAAGCGAAAGACGCAAUAUUUCUUACGUGAGGAAGAUAGUGAAAAUCAGACGAGCACCACGCAUUGAGUGUGUCAACUGACUGCGAUGUCAAGUUGUCAAGAUAAGUUGGAUGGUGAGACGGGGAGAGGGUGAUAACCCAGGAGGGAAUAGUGCACAUUAUUUGCAGUCUCGCCUAAUCGAAUCAAUACUGCAGUUGGGCUUACAACUGGACGUGUGCUGCUGACAAUGCACUCUUAAAAACAUGUGCUCAAUCAAAGUUGAUAAGUGAAUAUCGUACUGAAGUGGGUUUUAAAAAAGUUCGUUGGAGCGGAUGCAGUGAAAAUAUUUGUUCUUUACGCGACGAAACUGAUUAUUACGACGUAAAUAAAAAAAAUAUCUCAAAUGAACUCCUACUAGGAAAUAUCCAACAUAGUCACAAUUAAAAAUGUCUCAAUUCGCCUCCACACCAUCCUGACGAAUAUCCGAGCUGUCCUUAAGUAAUUAGAAACCUCGUGUUAGCUAAUACCUCGUGUUAUACCCUUGUGACUUAUAUUUAACAAAUAGUUCUUCCUGCAUAUAUACGGUAUCGACAUGGGAAAGGGAAAGAAGAAAGCAGACGAUGAGAAAAGGCCAAGUUUUUUCAUUGGAGAGCAAGAUUCCAAACCGGUCAAGAUUGUGGGUCCGAAUGACGAGGAAAUCACGUUGGAAGAAGUCAUUGUUCCGCCGGAUGGUGGGUGGGGUUGGGUCAUCGUUUUCGCUUCCUUCCUCUCAAACUUGGUGGUGGACGGGACUGUAUUUUCCUUUGGUAUUUUGCUCAACCCAAUCCAUGAAGCGUCUGGAAAGACGAUCCCAAUUUCAGCUAUUGCCUGGGUUGGUUCCCUUGCGACGGGUUUCUACUUCCUCGCGGGUCCCGUCGUCUCCGCGGUAGCGAAUCGCUUCGGAUUCCGGGUGGUAGCGAUCUGUGGCAGUAUUAUGGCGUCCUUGGCCGUUUUAUCUGCGUGGUUCCUAUGUCGAGAUCAGCCCGUGAUGCUGGCAUUGUUUCUGCUCUAUGGGGUUGUAGGAGGCAUUGGGUUUGGCAUGAUUUACGUCCCUGCAGUUAUCGCCGUCGGAUUUUAUUUUGAUAACAAGAGAGCUCUGGCGACUGGUUUGGCUAUCUGCGGUUCGGGAAUUGGGACGUUCCUCUUUCCGCCGGUGAUGAACUAUAUAAUUGAAGGAUACGGGUGGCAGUCUGCGCUUCUCUUCCAGGCUGGCAGCAUCCUCUUGUGCGGUCUGUUCGGAUUGCUGUAUCGUCCACUCAAGCCUACCAAAGUUCUUCCAGAUAUGAAUCGCCGGAAAAGUGCAGUUAGUUCAAUAAUCGGAUCUCCAGAAGGGACCCCAUUGCUCCAACGAAUUCAGAAAGCUCGUCAGAUGGAAAAGUGGGACUCGGUUAACAGCUUCACAUCCACCGAGGCUCUUCCAGAGGUUGACACGAAGGUCAAGUCAGAAAGGUUGUACAAUCGCGCUCGGAAAACGUCUGCACAUUCCUUGGGUGGCACUGGAGCCGUUCUUGCACAAAAACGCGGCUCCGUCCCCACAAUGCUGGGCUCCAGUGUGGACAACCAAUUCCUCGUGCCUGCACAACCACCAAAAGGCAAAAGUUUUGUGGGGCUGCCAGAUCUCAAGGAAAUUGCAGAGGAAGACCACUCUGAGGAGCAUUCGAGAGAAGGGAGCGUCAUCCCGCAGAAAGCAGAGAACCAUAAACCUGAUCCUUCUUCCAAUGUCGCAAUGGACGGGAAUGAAAAUCACACCCUUCUCGUCGCCAGAAGCAAUUCUACAUUCGUAGCCAAAAUUGGGAGCUCGAUGUUAGUUGUGAAUGAGAUGACGCAGUCUCGCAUCCUCCGAGUAGCGAGCAAAGUUUCUCUAACAAAACCAAUGUACAGAGAUGACAUUUUCUACUCUGGAAGUUUGCUACGACUUCCACAAUAUGCAAAUAACGUCAAUAAGGUAAUGACCAGCACUGAGUGGACAGCCGCGGUGUCCAGCGUGCCUCCAGGAACGACAGGAGAGGACGAGUUCGAUUCUGCUGGUGGCGGUGCUUGUUGCUCUCCAGGAAUCCUCAAGAAAAUGCUGGACGUUUCCCUCCUGGUUUCUCCGACCUUUCUCCUUCUCUCCAUUUCCGGAUUCUUCACAAUGUUGGGCCUCUUCGUGCCAUUCAUCUACUUGAAGGGUGUCGCGACCGAGUCUGUGGGGCUAACCGUGUCCAUCGCCACAAUGCUGGUCUCAAUUAUCGGCAUCGCCAACACCACGGGUCGAGUCGUAGCUGGUUAUAUCGCUGACAGACCUGAGAUCAACGUACUCUUUCUGAACAACGCGUCCGUGACCAUUAUCGGCGUGGCCACUGCAUUGGUCCCAUUUCUCAACUCGUUCAACGCUCUGGUUGCAUUUGCCUGCGUAUUUGGACUGGCCAUGGCCUUUUACGCCUCCUUGAGGUCCAUUCUACUCGUCGAGCUGCUCGGAUUGGAAAAACUGACGAAUGCGUUCGGCUUGACCCUAUUGUUUCAAGGCAUUGCUUCCAUUCUGGGCACUCCGUUAGCAGGUUUCUUGUACGAAGCGACUGGAGCCUACCACAUCCCUUUCUGGGUGGCUGGGAGUUUCAUAAUUUUCUCCGGCGUCAUGUGCUACCCCCUCAACUGCGUGAAACGAUGGGAGGACGACAGAAAUAAAAAGAAAGACAAAGCGGAAAAUAAUCAAGCGUGAUACUAACUUAAAAUCGAGUUAGGCUAUGAAGAAAUGUGUGGUGGACUAAUUGCAAUAAACAAUUUAGAGAACUAUUUAUACAACA